GUUUAACAAAUAAAAAAUGUCGCCAUUGAAGCUUUUCUCAGCUCUCCCGACAGCGCGAGGUCGUCAAAUUGCCCUCAACCUCUCUCUUCUUCUCUGAUCUGUUUUCUUCGACUGCACGCCAAUCGCUUGAGCUCUCAUUUCUCGGCCUUUUAUCAGGAUUUCAACUUGCAUCUAGUUCAAACAUGGGAGAUGUCCUGACAGAAAUUCCUCCACCUUCAAGAUUCUUUCAAGAGGAUCUCAGCAACUUCACGCCUCCAGUGCCACUUAUUCCUUCUCCUUUCCUUGUAUUCUCUAAUCCCAAGCCUGAAGAGCCUCUACGUCCAUCUCUCCUAAUUAUUGCCAUAUCCCGCCCAUCUCUCCACCUAUUUCACCAUGUUACCGCAAAAACCCUAGUUGGAAGUCUCAUACUCCCUGAGAUUCCCUUCUCAGGCAACUCUGUGGAACCCUCACUUGGAGACAAAUCUUGCAACAUUUAUUCCAUCAAUGAUGCUGCUAGUUUGGUUCUUCUAGUUUCUGUUCAGUGCCCCAUUGCUGCUGAGAGGUCUCAUAUGGUGGCAAAGUUGCUAAUUGGGGAAAAGAUUAUUCCUGAGAGGGUUUUAAUUCUUGAUUCAAUUCAGAGCAAGAGCUUCCGGGGUAAGCUCUCACCAGAUGAGACAUAUGCCUACAAGCUGGAGACAUCAUGUGAAAGGAAAGCAUUGGCUGAUGGUUGUAGAGAUCCUGUGUUACUGAAGGACUUGGAAUAUUUUCCAUCAGGAAGUGUUGUAGAUGGGCUGGCUGCUGCCCUUUUGGCUCGAUGUGAGAUCAAGCAUAUUAAGGGAACUCUUAGUGUUUCAUGGCCUGAACAUGGCCCCUCUGUGGUUGCUAUGGUUAAAUCUCUACUGCACACAAAAAUGCUGCCUGGCUUGGACACUAGCCAGUAUGGUGAUCAGGAGGAUAAAUAUCAGCAACGUCUUUAUACCUGAUUAACUGGAUUUUAAAUGUGAUGAACUGGGUUUUUUUAGAUCUGACAAAGGGUAUGGCUAAGAAUGUAAUUCUAGUCUUCUCUCUGUGAGUUUGAUCCCUCUAUUUCAAGGUUUUGAUUAUAUUUGCAUCUUGUUGAUUUAUGGAAAGAAUGUUGUCGUUAUACAGAAUGUGUUGUGCUAAUCCCAUCUUGGUCCAUCUCUGUCAA